AUGAAUCUCAACGCAGUUAAUAUCAUCGAUACCCUGGUUUCGUGUUUUCCCGGUCUCCCUGGCCUACCGGCCCUCCAUUUCUCGGACCUAAAACUAUGUAAUAACAUCAAGAACAUAAAUAGUAAUACUGUUAUCGAUGGCAACCACAGAUCAGUCCUCGAGAGUGACAUUUCGGAACAAAUAAGACAUCGACUCCUUGCUGUGUAUCCGACGUAUGGCUUCGGCCAACAGCACCGUGCGGGAGAGGGAGGCGAGAGAGAGACAACUGCGAACACAUCGCGACAUCUGUGGGACAAAGCGUUCACACGUUUCGCACAACACUUUGUAAACAAUAAUCACAUAUCCAUUGACGAAGCGGUGAUAGUCAUCGCCACGGACCCAAUGGCCGGCACCUCAUCCGAUAUGAUACUAAUCGCCGGCAACUCUCACCGCGAGUUAGCCAAAGAGAUCAGCAACCGGUUGGGCGUACGACUGGCCUCCCAGUCCCUCUACCACUCGACCAAUGGAGGCGAGGGAGAGACAACUGUCAACACAUCGCGACAUCUGUGGGACAAAGCGUUCACACGUUUCGCACAACACUUUGUAAACAAUAAUCACAUAUCCAUUGACUUUGCGUCAUCGCCAGUGAAGACAUACCCAAUGGCCGGCACCUCAUCCGAUAUGAUACUAAUCGCCGGCAACUCUCACCGCGAGUUAGCCAAAGAGAUCAGCAACCGGUUGGGCGUACGACUGGCCUCCCAGUCCCUCUACCACUCGACCAAUCGGGAGACAGUGCUGGACAUCGGGGACUCCGUGAGGGGACGGGACUGCUAUCUGAUCCAAACGGGCGGUAAGGACGUGAACAACAACAUAAUGGAGCUCUUGAUUAUGGCCUACGCGUGUAAGACCUCCUCAGCCAAGAACAUUGUGGGAGUCAUACCAUACCUGCCGUACGGCAAGCAGUCGAAGAUGCGGAAGAGGGGCGCCAUUGUUGCCAAACUCCUCGCGAAGUUGAUCUGUAAGGCCGGCUUCACUCACAUCAUCACAAUGGAUAUGCACCAGAAGGAGGUUAGGGGUGUGCAUGGGGUCCAAGGCUUCUUUGACGUGCCCGUCGACAACCUGAGAGCGUCGCCAUUCCUACUGCAGUACAUUCAGGAGCAGAUCCCGGACUACCGGAACGCCGUUAUCGUAGCCAAAGACCCGGGCUCUGCCAAGAAGGCCACGUCCUAUGCCGAGCGCCUACGGCUCGGUAUAGCCGUCCUUCACGGCGAGCAAAAGGAGUCGGAGUCGGACGAAGUGGACGGCCGCUACUCACCGCCUCCUGUCGAGGAGCCGGGUAUUAAGACGUUUGACGUGGGCCUGGAUCCCAUGCCCACACAGGCGGCUAAGAAUAAGCCGCCGAUGACUGUGGUCGGGGACGUCGGCGGACGGAUAGCCAUUAUGGUGGACGACAUGGUGGACGACGUGCAGACGUUCGUGUCGGCGGCCGAGGUGUUGAAAGAGAGGGGCGCCUACAAGAUAUACGUGUUGGCCACCCAUGGACUGCUCAGUCUGGACGCGCCCCGACUCAUAGAGGAGUCGUACAUCAAUGAGGUGGUCGUCACCAACACCGUUCCUCAUGAGGUGCAGAAGAUGCAGUGCAACAAAAUCAAGACAAUCGACAUAUCGGUGCUGUUGGCCGAAGCCAUACGUCGGAUACACAACAAGGAGUCGAUGUCUUAUUUGUUCAGAAAUGUCACUCUCGAGGACUGAUCUGUGGUUGCCAUCGACAACAGUAUUACUAUUUACUAUUGAAACGAUUGUUCAAAACUUUUUGCGGAAAAUAUUUUUUAUUUGUUUUGUAAACCCU